CAGAAGCAUGUCACUGAUGCACAAAAGCAUGGCUGAAGUGGAAAACAGACUGAAAAUGAGAUGUUAUUCUAAUGUCUUGCAGUACUGUUUGACGGACAAGCCUAAACUUCUGCCCUUCGAGCCAGAGAAGACCUGCCUGCAGCAGUAUCCCAUUACAGAGUUCCAGCCAGUUUACUUUGUGGCUGAAAGUUUCGAGGACGCCAAAGAAAAAGUCAGGAAAUUUGCUUCCACCAUUCCCAGACCUUUCUCUGUGCGCUAUAAUGCCUACACACAGAGAAUCGAGAUGCUGGACAACACACAGCAGCUGAAGAACCUGGCCGACAACAUCAGCGGUGUGUCUUCAGUACAAUGUAGCACUUAAACUGAAUUUCCCCUAUUAUACAAGAAUUAAGAAUGAAAAAUCAGGAUUUUCAGAACAAAAAUCAGGAGAAUUCUCUACUGAAAGUAAAGACAACAAGAAGGAGCAUUUGAGGGUUAUAU